CUCACGCUUUGCCCAAUUAGUUCGUAGGUUGGAGUAUAGGGAAGGAGUGGGAGGGAACCUAACUCUGAGCCAGCACACCGAGUCUCUGAGUGAUCGUGUGCUUUGGUUCAUUUGAAAACUGAAAACCUCAUCCGUGGCUCUCAGUGUCUGACUGUUUCUUCUGUCAGAUUGUGUUGAAUGAAGGAUUCCCGAUGAUCGAAGUGUCCAUACCGUCGAUGGAGAAGGAAGUGGAUGAGUCGGGAAAGUCGAAAAAGCUUUUCCGAGUCGAAGUCUUGUUUAAUGAGAGGAAACAUUUUGUCCUCAGAAGAAGUAGUGAGUUCCACACACUGCACAGAAAACUCAGGAAGAUCAUUCAGACUCCUGAUUUUCCCAGUAAAAGAAAUCCUCAUCUAAGGACCAAACCACUGGAGCAGAGGAUGCAGGAGUUAGAAGACUACAUCCAGGACAUCAUCUAUCAAAAUGAAGAUGUUCCACAGGUUCUGCUGGACUUUCUCCAUCUGAGACACUUUCACACAGGAAACAAGAUGAGCAGCAUGGAGUCACUGGACGAUCUGGACAGUCAGGAUGACAAUUACACAUUCCCUCAUCAACGAGUGUUGGGUUAUUUUCAUGAUCCUUAUCUCUCUGAAUACACAUCAGGUAGGAAGGACACUCCCGCUUCCAGACAACAUUUUAAAUCCGAAUCUUCCAGACAUUGUUGUGGAUGGAGUUCUCCAAGGUUUUUACCCUCGGGAUGUCCGGGUCACUUUCACUUCCCCUACCAUCACUGAGCCCGACCCCACUACAGCUGCACUGCAGUGAAAUAUAGGCCAAGUUAAAAUAACAAAAUAGUUUUAUACAAAAUACCAGCAGGAAAGAGGAAUACAUAAGCCAUUAUCUCUACAAGUAGCACAAUAGACGACAAUGAUAUUUGAUACAUGGUUUCAGCGGGACUGAAAUGUAUCAUCAGUCUCUAUUGUAGUGAAACUCUGUGUCAGUGUUGUCUCAGCCGUGAGAGCCAACUUCCAACUGAAACUGUCCGUUUUGAAGAAGUAGACAAGCUCAUAGUGUGCAGCGAGAUUAGAUGAUUUAAUUUGUAUUUGUAUUUUCUCAUAUUUUGUUAUAUUUUUAUGCAGCCAUAAGAAAACGGGGACUAACUAAGAAGAAAUAGUUGUUAUUAUUAUUAUUAUUAGUGUGUUUUUAGAGUUGGGAUUUAAUGUCAUUGUUUUCUAAAUAUUAUUGUAUUGGUUUUUUAGUUGUAUUAAAACUUCAAACUUGUGUUUCGAUGACAAACAUCUGCUGUUAAAUAUGUAAGUCACAAGCAAAGGGCAGAGGUAUAUAAUAUAUAUAUUUAUUUUUUUCUACGUUUCUUAUUGUAAUGACACUACUAUAAACAUACAAAACUCAAUAAUAUAAUCACAGCUUUUAGUGUUUGGUAAAAUGUAAACAGUUUUUUGUUUCAUAAUUUAAAGAACUUGAAUUUGGACAUUCCACUUCAUUCCACUGCUUUACUAUUAAGUUAUUGUGAUCAUUUUUUCCCCAAAUAACUUAUUUUCAGAGGUCUUACAUUUACUCCAGCUUAACUUAAUUCACCAAUAUAUACACUACAAUACCUAAUUCUAAUACCAGACAUAAAUUGCCCAAUGGAACGGUUAAUAAGGGAAUUAAAUAAUAAUGAUAAUAAUAAUAAAAACGGCAAAGCCUUACUGUAUUUUGCAAUGAAAAGCUGGCAAGAAGGCAUUUUUAGUCAAUUUG